CUUCCGCGUGGUUGUUGAGAACUCUGAAGCAAACAAGUGGUGAAUACAAUUUGGAGAGGACUUGGGAGAAUAAGUAACGAAUUUUCUCAACCUAUAAUGGCAUCUAAUUCAGCUGUAGAAAUUGACAAUGAAAGUGAUAAUUCUUCUGGUAGCAGCUUAUUUAAGACCCAGUGUGUCCCUUACUCACCAAAACAGGGGCAAAGAAACCCUAUUAGAAAGUUUGUUCGUUCAUCUGGAGGUGUUGAAGCAAGGGAUUCAUCUAGUGACUCCUCUUUUGAACCAAGACCACUGACUUUAAAAGCUAUUUUUGAAAGAUUCAAAAAAAAGAAACGUAAAAAGAGGAAAUAUAAGCCAAAAGAAAGACCAAGGGGAAGACCAGAAGGAAGAAAAACCACUAGACGCUCCCAAAUAAAUAAGAAACAAGUUAAAGACAAAGGAUCUGGGUUCCCAUUUUUAGAAUCUGAGAAUGUAAAAAAGCCAUUACCAUGGAGAAAGAUUUUAAGCUUUGAGCAAGCGGUGGCAAGAGGAUUUUUCAACUACCUUGAAAAAUUGAAGUAUGAAUACUAUCUCAAGGAAUCCUUGAAACAAAUGAAUGUUGGUGAAGAUUUAGAAAGGGAAGAUUUUGACAGUCGUAGAUACAAAUACUUGGAUGAUGAUGGAUCUCUCUCUCCUAUUGAAGAGUCAGAAACAGUGGAAGAGGCUGCAACAACUCUUGAACAUGAUGAUGGAUGUGAUAUCAAAUUGGUGGACAAUAAUGAAUUCAUAGUAAGUUCUGAAAUACCAAAGAAAAUGAAUCUGUAUUUAGGACAAGAGGAAUAUACUGAAGAAGCUGCUUCGUCUAAAAAGAGAGCAUCAAAAUCCAAAAACAUGGGACAGAGGAUAGAAUGGUCUGAAAAGGAAGAGAUAGGAAUAUGAAUAUUAAGGCUUUUCACUUGAAAACAGUGUCUGGACUUAAAGGAUGUUUGAGAACCAGGAAGAUCAUUUAUCUAUUUAGACCCUAAAUGGGGCUCUAAAGAAAUUGGACCUCAAAGAUUACAGUGGGGAGUUUUUGAAGUAUGUCCAUAUUCAAGUGGAGAUCCGAGAAGACCUCUGGACAGUGACAGCUGUGGAUUGAACAAAAGUUUGUUUUAAAAGUGCUAUUUUGAAGAUAAUCACUCUGGCUUUGGUGGAACUAUGGUGAUUGGCGGCAGAAGGAAUCACAUGUCAAAUAUCUUAAAUAAAAAUUUUAUUAACUUUGUCAAA